GUCAGCAAGAACAGACCUCUUUGGUAUGGAGCUGCUGAAGAAAUACGAAGACUUUCUCAUAAGUAAUGCAUCGCAAAUUACCAGCAUUGAGGGUACUUUGCGGUCCAUUACUUAUUUCUUACCUGGUCGAUUUCACGACGCCGAGUUUGCUUCUCAAGCCUUAUUUGCCGGUCUGAAUGUCCUUGGUCUAUACCAUGACUCCAUCUUGAGGAAAGCUGCGCUAUCUCAGGGAAAGCCCGCGGAAGAGACAGACGGGUCGCCUUUCAACAAGUACAAGGCAUACUGGUUUUCCAAGUCCCCGAUGCACAAGAAAAUAUCAUUAAUUUUGUCCCUUAUCUCCUACACACAAGUUGUCUUGGAAAUGGCUGUGAGCAAAAAGCUUGGAAAGCGGGCCCAGUGGCGAUUAGUGUUUGGUGUUGAGUUGUUCAAGGCGGCGUUGAGAAUGACCUUAUUGCAAUUGACCAACAACCGUAUGCUCCUCAGCCCUAAUCAUCUCCAGCGUGAUGUUGACCCUGCUACACUCGGUCACCCACCUGCUGCUGCACAACAGCCCGAAGCAAAGACGUGGAUAGGAAAGAAGACUGGCUUGAGACAUCCUCUCAUGCAGGCCACGAUUGAUAUAAAUGGAGCAGCCAAACAAGCUGCCAGUGGCUUCACCCUGGAUCAGAAAUACAAUGAUGUGACUGACUUCCUCAUGUCUAAAGUUCUGACUCCAGAGAAAUUGAGAAAGCCAGAGGACACUGUCAGUAUGCUUAAUGGUCUUGGCAGACUUGGUGAAAUGCUGUAUAUCUUGCGUCCAUUGAUCUAUGUUCUUGCCAUCUUCAAAUUUGGACGGUACUCAUGGCGACCUUGGCUGAUUUCCCUCGCUGUGGAGUCAGCUUCACAGGCAGCUGUUAGCCGAUCGUUCACUUCUCCUUAUGGAUCGACCAAGAGUACUAUGUCAGCCUUGGAAAAGGCAGAACUCAGCCGAAGAUACCAUCAAAUGUGGUUUAAUUUGUUGAGAGGACGAUUCUAUGAACAAUUUACCAGGCCAAGACUUGAAAAGUUCUGCGUAGCAACGCAAGACCGAUUCCUAAUUUCUAUUAUCGCUGGAGUGAUUCGUGAUUAUCAACCGCUGUGGGAGAAGGUGUACUUCUAUACCUCCAGCUCCUAAAAAAUUUAUUAUUUUUUUGUCUUCCCUCAUCUGCCCUCUUGUACAUUUUGAAUUUUUCUCCCAUUCUUCUUUCAAACAUAACAGAGCUACUCAUUGCAUCUAUAUGAUAACUGCUUCACGACCGGUCUUGGUGGCCGCUGCUCUGUCUGUCAUCUUACUUGUGUCAUGGCUGGUUUCCACCUCGUCUACGCAAGUCAAUUGGUACACUUGUCAUGACACCAACAGCAAAGUUGAC